AAUUGAACCCGGUCUGGACCGGCUUAUUUCUAAACCGUUCCCUUCCCCCACGCACGCUCUCUCUCUCUCUCUCUCUCUCUCUCUCUCGUUUGCUUCCAUGGCCGCAGCAACGCUCUCCGCUUCUUUCUCUCUCCUCAGGUGUUCUCGUUUUGCACGAGCUUGUGCGCUCCGAUCGCUCGAUCCAUUGCGAGAUGCCCCUGCUACUCUUCGCCCAAAGAGAUUUGUGCGCCAUAUUACCGCCUCUAUAAAUGAAGAAGCUGCUGCAAAAGCAUCUGCAACUACCGCAGAUAACGAUGCACCAACCAUAUUUGACAAGAUCAUUGCGAAGGAGAUUCCUUCAACCAUUGUCUACGAGGAUGAGAAAGUGUUGGCAUUUAGAGAUAUAAGCCCACAAGCUCCUGUUCAUGUUCUACUCAUCCCAAAGAUCAGGGACGGAUUAACCCAACUUGGAAAGGCUGAACCAAGGCAUUCCGAGAUUUUGGGUCAUCUUCUUUACGCUGCGAAGGUAGUGGCCGAGAAAGAAGGCAUAGCUGAUGGGUUCCGAGUCGUCAUAAACAACGGUCCUGACGCAUGUCAAUCAGUUUAUCAUCUCCAUUUGCACAUCCUCGGCGGACGGCAGAUGAAGUGGCCUCCUGGUUAAAAUUUUCGCACUGUAUGGUGACUAUUAAUUUAGCUGUUAGUCUCAAAUCAGCAAUAAAUAAGUUGAUGAAACUUUGAAUGGUGAUAAUUUGGUUUAAAACUAUCAUAGUUGUGAUGUGAUGUUCUUUGUAAUCUUUCAGAUGACUUGGUGCUGCUUUUUCCUGUUAUUUAGAUGUUUUACAUUUGAUUUUUUUUCUUGGA